AUGGAUGAAAAAAACUUACAAAAACUUAAAGAUUUAACUGAAAAAUUAGAAAAAAAUUUUGAACAUUCAAUGUUGUAUCAAAUACUUGAUACGAAGUUGAAAAACCCCAACCUCUGUGAUGAAUUAACAGAAGAAAAAUACUACUGGUAUCUGUUACAAGUGGAAAAAUUAUAUGAAGGAAAAAAGUGGACUCAAAAAGAUUAUGAAGAAGCUCACAAGUUACUAAAAAAAUACACAGAAAAUAAUAAAAUAAGACACCGAAAAAAAGCUGAUAACGAACUAAGAA